AUGAAAAGCCCGAAUUUUAUGAACUACAUGGUUGAUGUUCAUACCAGUGGAAAAGCAAUGGUGAAAUAUUUUGAAGAAGCUUCUUACCCCGAUGAACUCCCGGAGUUCUUCAAAGUUUAUAUGGCUGCUCUUUGGUCCGAAAGAUUGAGAAUUCCUCCGGCAUUCAUCGAGAAUUUUGGUGGAAAAUUACCUCGAAAGGUCAUGCUUGGAACGUCAUCAAACCUCUUUUGGAAGGUUCGCAUAAACAAAAUCAACGAUGAUCUCUUUUUUGAGGAAGGUUGGCUAGAAUUUGUGCAAGAAAAUUCAUUGGCACAUGGAGAAUUUCUAACCUUUUCUUAUGCUGGCGACUCGAAGUUCUAUGUUAAAAUAUUCGCAACAAAUGGCUGUAGAAAGAGAGUUGCCCCUCAUCGCGUAAGCGAGAAGGCAUCAAGACCUGGUAAAUUCUUGCAUAACUACUGGUUCCUUUUUUGUUGA